AUUUUUCUUCUUUCACCCUCUAGUAAUAGAAUGGUAUAAUCUAAAAAUGGCGGGUAUUUUGAGCAAGACUUUCCUGAAGUUUUUUGUAUGUUUGAACUAAAAACUGAUUUGCAGACGAUACAGAGCAGAAGAGUUCUAUCAGAAUUUUAAAACACUGUACAAAGGAAAGGAUCACAGUUUUUUACGGUUUGUGAACCUUCCAUUCUACCAUGAGACGAUCAGCUGCCCCAUCCCAGCUUCAUGCUGCCAAGAGGCCGAGGUUUAACCCUCCCUUUGCUACACCACAAGUCACCAAGCCAUGGGUACAACAGGAACCAACUAAAGCAUCUCAAACAACACCUGUGUUAAGAGGACCAGCAGCUCAGCCUGCAUCUUCCAAGUCUCAGCCCAAGCAUCGUCUCCUCAGCAUUUUAGAAACACCCAAGCCAGCAUACCACAAUGGAAACGAACCAACCAUCAAUCACAAUAGUUCUGAUCUACAGAAUACUCCCAACUUCGCUCUAUCUCACCUUGACCAAUGGGAAGAGGAGGAUGAGAACCAACCAGAGGGCACUGUACGACCACAGACUUCCUGCCAAAAUGUGGACAAUCAUAAACAACAGUUACGACCUGUUCUGGGUCAAAAGUUUUCAACGCAAAAACCUUUAGUUCACGUACAACCCAAACAUAAUUCUGUCAAUAGUACAGGCCCUGGAGAGGGUAGUGUUCAGGCUCGGUACUAUAAUGUCAUGUGGUGUAAGGUGUCAGGGAGGAAACACAAGAGAUGGGAGGGUGAUGCAGUACUGGUAGUGCACAAGAGAUCGGUAGAACUGUUAGACACGGAAGGGAAGAAGAUCGGUGGAGCGAGUGGGUACAAGGCAACAGAGCUGUCUGAGAUGACUGAGGGACAGACACUGAAGGUGGGAGGGAAGGAGGUGGAGAUAUAUGAUGAGAUCUCCCUUGAAGACUGGAAUUCUGGAAAGUGCUUCCAGAGUAUAGCAAGCUCUUCAUCUCCCGACCCUGCUCCUACAAAGGUGCAGCCUAAACCCAAGCCUUUCACUAACCCCAUGAAGGACAAGCAGGCUGCAACACAGAGAAAAUCAGCAGGGGGAGGCGGUGCACCGCAAACUGUUGCACCAAGGUUUGACCCUACAGCUGAGGGGGUGCUGGUGAUGCCUCGCCCCUCCCCUGCUCACCAGUGGAAGUACAACCCUGCCGGUCAGCCCCUGGUGGACGUUGUAGUGGACCCUCACCUGUCCAGACACCUCAGGCCACACCAGAGAGACGGGGUCAUCUUCCUGUACCUGUGUGUCAUGGGCAUGAGGGACCAUCCAGGCCUGGGUGCUAUCCUGGCUGACUCCAUGGGCCUGGGUAAGACUCUGCAGUGUAUCACCCUGAUAUGGACCUUACUGAAGCAGGGGCCUUACGGGGGCAAGCCAGUCCUGCACAGGAUUCUUAUUGUCACUCCAGGUAGUCUUGUCAAGAACUGGGUGAAAGAAUUCAAGAAAUGGCUGGGGAAUGAGCGCUGCAAAGUGUAUGCAGUGGGGCAGGACAGCAGAGUUGAUGAGUUUGCCCGGUCUCCCCUCUACCCUGUCAUGAUCAUCAGCUAUGAGAUGCUGGUCAGGUAUGUCAGGGAUAUAGAGAAGAUCAACUUUGACCUGAUAGUGUGCGACGAGGGCCACCGGCUCAAGAAUACCAACAUCAAGACCACCUCCUCUAUCUCAGGGCUAUCAGCUAGGAGAAGGAUUGUGCUGACAGGUACUCCCAUCCAGAAUGACCUCCAGGAGCUCCACUCCAUUGUAGACUUCUGUAACCCCGGGGUGUUGGGGCCGAUCACGGCCUUCAGGAAGGUGUAUGAGGAACCAAUUGUCAGAUCCCAUCAGCCCGGUGCUACAGAGGCAGAGAAAACGUUGGGCGCGACACGUGCAGAAGAACUGUCUCGCCUCACGGGCCAGUUCACGCUGCGGCGGACAGAAGACGUCAACAACAAGUACCUCCCGUCCAAGGUGGAGGCUGUUGUCUUCUGCAGACCCACCCCCCUGCAGCUGGACAUCUACAGGAAGCUGCUCUGUUCCAGGGUGCUCAAGUCCUUUCUUUACAGCAAUAGACCCACAGAUGGCAGUUUACACCUGAUGUGUAUCUCAGCCCUAAAAAAGCUGUGCAAUGAUCCCUGCCUGAUCUACACUGCUGCAAAAGAGGCAGAAGACAAGGCUCCCAGUUUCCUGGAGGAUGAAGAUGAACUGUUUGGGUUUGACCAGGUGGAAGAGUCCAUCUACAAGGAUGUGCUAUCACUCUUUCCCAGGGGAUAUGAUCCAAACAGUUCAAGUCCAGAGUAUUCUGGUAAGCUGCAGGUCCUGGCUGACCUACUAGGGUCCUUGUACUCAGAAGGACCCAGAGAGAGGAUUGUGGUGGUGUCCAACUACACACAGACCUUAGACAUGGUACAGGGGCUGUGUAAAUCACAAGGUUAUGGUUAUCUAAGGCUGGAUGGGAGCACACCUACUGGCAAGAGACAACAGAUUGUGGAGAGAUUCAACGACAAGUACUGCAGAGACUUUGUGUUCCUCCUGAGUACCAAGGCUGGUGGGGUGGGGCUGAACCUGAUCGGAGCGUCUCGCCUGGUCCUGUACGACAUCGACUGGAACCCCGCUAACGACCUGCAGGCCAUGGCACGUGUGUGGCGGGACGGCCAGCCCAGGGUCGUACACAUCUACAGGCUCAUCACUACUGGAACCAUAGAGGAGAAGAUCUACCAGCGACAGAUCAGUAAACAGGGUCUGAGUGGGGCGGUGGUGGAUGCCAAGAGCUCCAGUAAGGUGCAGUUCUCAGCAGAGGACCUGAAGGAUCUCUUCACUCUACAUGAGGACACAGACAGUGUCACACAUGACCUGUUGGACUGUGCUGUGCCUGGUGGUGACUGUUCAGGCUGCCCUGGCUCAGACCGACCCCAGACCAGCGCGGUGUCGCGCCCCUGUCAGCUGGGCCAGCCCCAGUCUGCCAGCCUGCUGAAGUCUAACCUGUCCAUGGCAGAACUGCUGGGGUGGACACACUACAGGGGGCCGCUGGAGCACCAGGACAUCCAGGACUACCAUCUGUUGUCUUCAGCAGAGAACAUCAGCUAUGUCUUUGUCAAUGAAACUAACAGUUAACAAUCUUAGUGCCUCAGAUGUAGCUGAUAAUAUUAUAUUGAAACUGAUAUGUUAUACCUGUUAAGUAUUCAUAAAAAAAUAUCUAGGAUGUCAGAGUUUUAUCACGUACCAGUAUUUGCAAAGCCAAACUACAUGAAAAUAUUUCAAUGAAGGUUGGACAUCCAUGCAAUAAAGUACACAAUUCCAAAGUUACUUUUGUUCAAAACAUUUGGAUUGUGUAAAUGAUAUGAUUAAAGUAGCAAGAUCCAGUUUAUAACCUUAUCUUGAAGCACUCUCAUGUAGUGUGUAGUUUGUGAGGUAUUAUUUGCAAUGAUAAGUGGAACCAAUACAGUAGUUGUCAAGUAGUUGGUCGGAAAACGGAAGUUGUUUUCAGAAGAUGUUUUCAGAGAGCAAGACAAGGCAACUAGAUGUGUAUUUUACACCUGUCUACCAACAAUGUAUGCCUCAUAUAGGACUUCAACUAUUACUAAGUUAUCUAGUACUUCCAAAAAAUUCUGUACCAUACUGCUGACAAGAGCCUACUGAAAAAGAUACAGGAUAGGAUAUAGCUAUUUAUCUCUUUUGAUAUGACUCAAAGAACUUGAAAAUGUCUAUUUGUAACAAAUGUUGAUAAUAAAAACUUGAUGUAACACAAA